AUGGGCAAUACCACCAGCAUUGCCGCAGGACGUGACUGUCUGGUAUCUGCCGUCGGGGGUGUAGCCGCUCACGUCGCAUUCCAAGAUACGCUUCUUUACCAGACUACCGCAGUCGAUCUGUACAACUUGAAUAUCCCGGUCACCCCGGCGGCAGUCACGUACCCUCAAUCAGCGGACGAAAUAGCUGCUGUGGUUAAAUGUGCCUCUGACUAUGACUACAAGGUGCAGGCUCGCAGUGGAGGCCAUAGUUUUGGCAACUAUGGCCUUGGAGGACAAAAUGGAGCCAUCGUGGUCGAUAUGAAGCACUUCUCGCAAUUCUCUAUGGACAAGUCGACAUUUAUUGCGACCAUCGGUCCCGGCACGACUCUAGGCGACCUCGACACCGAGAUUUACAAUGCGGGCAACAGAGCAAUGGCACACGGUAUUUGUCCGACCAUUCGGACAGGUGGCCACCUAACGGUGGGCGGAUUAGGCCCGACAGCGCGCCAAUGGGGUCUGGCACUUGACCAUGUGGAGGAAGUCGAGGUGGUUUUGGCAAACUCGAGUAUUGUGCGGGCGUCGAAUACUCAAAACCAGGAUGUUUUAUUCGCUAUCAAAGGCGCUGCUGCCAGCUUCGGGAUUGUCACGGAGUUCAAAGUGCGCACGGAGGAGGCACCUGGUUUGGCCGUUCAAUAUUCGUACACAUUCAAUCUGGGAACUCCCGCCGAGAAGGCGAAGCUCGUUAAGGAUUGGCAGGCAUACAUAGCCCAGGAGAACCUCACCUGGAAGUUUUACUCCAACUUGGUCAUCUUCGACGGCCAGAUCAUCCUUGAAGGUAUUUACUUCGGCUCAAAAGAGGAGUACGAUAUGCUCGACCUAGAAAAGAAAUUCCCCACCAGCGAGCCCGGUACCGUGCUAGUACUGACGGGUUGGCUGGGCAUGAUCGGCCACGGACUGGAGGAUACCAUUCUGAGACUGGUCGGAAACGACCCAACCUGGUUUUACGCCAAGUCACUCGGAUUCACCCCCGACACGCUGAUUUCUGACUCCGCUAUCGACAGUUUCUUCGAUUACAUCCACAAAACCAAUGCCGGCACUUUAGCCUGGUUUGUGACGCUCAGCCUGGAGGGUGGAGCUAUCAACGCCGUGCCUCAAGAUGCCACAGCCUAUGGCCACCGCGAUGUGCUUUUCUGGUUCCAAAUCUUCGUAGCCAAUCCGCUUGGUCCGGUCACGCAGACCACAUAUGAUUUCACCGAUGGUCUUUAUAAUGUUCUGGCCCAGGCAGUGCCAGAGAGUGCGGGGCACGCAUAUCUCGGAUGCCCAGAUCCUAAGCUGCCCGAUGCCCAGAAUGCAUACUGGCGUAGCAACCUUCCAAGAUUAGCAGAGCUCAAGGGAGAGUUGGAUCCAAAGGAUACCUUCCACAAUCCGCAGGGUGUUCAGGUUGCCUCCUAG